AUGUGUUCAAACAUUGGUCCUCCAAAAGCUCUCUCAUACUUUACAGCCUCCUUUUCAGUUUUCCUGAUAAUUUUAACCAUUCCUGGAAACUUUCUCAUCUGUUUGGCCAUCAUAAAAGAUCCCUUCAGAAACUUGAAAACACCUUUUAACUAUUUCCUGUUAAGUCUAGCGACGACUGAUCUGGUUGUGGGAUCGAUUAUGGAUCCCGUGUCAGUUGCUUUUCACACUAGCGAAGCGCUUCAACUUGACAUCGUAGAUAUCAAAAUCUUGCACAUUUUAUACUUUAUCUUGUGCACGGCGUCUAUUCUAACACUCAUGGCACUUACCGUAGACAGAUAUGUGGCCGUAUCAUCGCCAGUGAAGUACAAAAUAAUGGUUACCUCCAAGCGCGCUAUUUUAACAUCCCUGUUAAUUUGGGUGGCGGCACUAGGGUUUUCUUUCGUAUACUUCAAACUCGGAUUUAUAUUCUACUCCUUUAUAUUUGCAAACACUGCUGUUCUCAGCACGUGUGGAGUUCUCAUCUUUGUUCAUGUAGGAAUACUUAAACGACUGCGCCAAAGAUCGAGAUAUUGGCGAAAGAGGGGAGAAAUGGAGAGCACGAAGUCUGAUGUACAGGAGAACCAAAAAAAUCUUAUCAAUGCAAAAAAGGACAGCAAAGCAGUCAAAGCAUUGAUGGUUGUGCUUCUUGCAUUUUUUGCUUCGUUCACACCAGCCUGUGUUAUGAUUUACUUGUUAAAUUUUUGCUCUGGCUGUAGUUGUGUGCUAAUUCAUUGGUUGCGGGAUUUGCAAUUCUUAAUUGUGUUGUGCAACUCUGGUAUCAACCCUUAUUUAUACGCAUGGAGGCUUCCUCAGUUCAAAAGAGCUUUCUGCAAAUUCCUUCAUCUCAAGGCACGCACAAGGAUAAGUGACAUUACCACAACAUCAGUUUAUGCCGCUGGCAAACGAGAAACCAUCCAAAUACCUAAAAAUUUAAGCGGUGGAGACGAAAGGAUUUCACCCGUUUAAUAAAACUAUACAAACACAAAUACACUCACAAAGAGUGUCCUUUCUCAUUUGUAUUCCGGUGUAUGCAUAUUGUUGACAUUGCUUUAACUAAUAAUUUAAUGAGUAAGAAGAUUUAGUAAGUCUAAGAAAGAUAAUCGUGUGAUAUUUUCAUGUAUUUUUUUGUGUUGUGAAAGUAAAAUGUUCAAGGGGAUUGCGGAAACUCUUCGUCUCAGAAAUUAAUCACCAUUACCACUUAGAAAGGACCAUCGAACUUAGUUAUUUAUUUGCUUUUGGGUCGGAUUUCGAAUGAUAAACCAAACAUUAAAUUCGUUUCCUCAUUUUAUCAGCAGCGAUUAAAUGAAGUAAGUAACGUAUAAACCCAUAUGCAGUCCACGCACACAGCGUUUUAACGACUGAUGAUGAAUACGCAGACCACAAUGUACAGAGCAGUCCACGAAAGCAUUUUUCUCAAUAUAUCAAUGACGAUUACGUUAAUCAUUUUAGACCUUAAAGUGAAGUGGUUUCUGUAAUAUCUUUCAGUUUCAACAUUCUCAUUAGUCGUUUGUAAACAGCUUCAACUGCCACUAAUACAUCAACCAUUGCUUGAAACAUAAAGAUCUAGCUAGCUUCUAUAAAAGCUUUUCUGGAACAAAAAAAAAUUAAAUAAAAUUGAUGAAAUCUUUUUAUAAUAAUUGGAUUGUUGGUGCAGGAAGUAUUAAAACAUGGUAUUAAGUUGCAUUAUUUAAAGCGACAAUAUGGCGCGUAUUUAAAAUUUAUCAGAAUGGGCGGUAUAAGAUUUCGGAACAACUUGCGGAUAUGUCAAUUUUGCUUCCUUGUCUGCCAUAUUUUGUUCUUUGUUCAGGUAAAACAGACGACAAGCAAAUUUUGAUGGGAGUCGACUCUGUUUGACUUUGAUUUCUUUUUCGUUUAUUUCUUUAAUCAGUGAAAGAAGAGCGCAGCCUUAGCUCUUGUUAAUUGUAUUACCUUUUAAUUUACGAACUAUUGGAGUGAUUAAUUUUCUUCAUGGAGCCAAUGGGCUGAUUGUGACUGCUCCAUGUGGUUCCAAUUCAUCUGCAGAUUCGGAGAUGACGUUGAUACGAGAAUUGUUCUUAAAUAACAUAUGCCAUAAAAUCUUUACAACAGGCUUUGUCCGUGCGCCAUUCCCAGAAUUUUCCACGUACAAAGUACUUUCGAGGUUGCCCAGUUCUCAUUCCGUAAUGCACGAGGUGCGUUUUAUCCAAAUUAAAAUACAAUUAAAUUAACUGCUCAACUUAUUGUCAGUCGGCGGGUAAGUUGGUAACAACCAAACGCUGUACCAGGGUUUAGAAUACAGGUUGACUCUCUUUUUAGAUCAUUAUCAACAUUUCAUUAAUAUUGUCAAAUCAUUCUAAGUUACCCGCUUAAAUGACUUUGAUUACAUUGCAGUGUCCGUUUAAAUUCUGUUCGUUUUAUGGACGGCAGGAAAAGGCAAUCUAAAAGGCUUCCCUUUGCGCAACUUGAGGAGUGUCUGGUGGGAUGACAUACGCUCAUCAUCGGUUGGCAUUUUUUUCUCUAAAUCUGAAGACGCUACCAAUAAUCUAUUAUUCAACUUUAGUAUACGCUGAAAGGAAAGAAAAAAUGUGGCAUUUAACUCACAUUACAACUAGACAUAAUAAUCGAUAACUCAGUAUUACUAUUACCACCAAUCUUGAGCAUGAAAAAAUGAGAGCCAAAAAAACGAAGGUUGCUGAGCCAUCGAGUAUUUGAAGCUGACAACGAAGACUGAAGGUUUUUUCAGUGAAAAUCAUUUCGAAUUCGCAGCCCACAAUUGGACUGUCGACCCUCUUUUUGAAGCCCGCUGGUGAAAUAUCGAUUCGCCAAUAAGGGUAAAAAUAUGGGUUUUCACUGAGCUUAUGCCGGCUUUCUUCCAGCAUCUACAUAAAAAUGAAAAAAAAAAAUGAAACUUGGUGCGCCAUAAUCUACACUUUUCCACUUGAAUUCGACGAACGUACCCAGAAUAUUAGUCUUGUCCUUGUCAACUAAUCGGUUUAAGUCAACAUAAUCAUAUUUAGGAAGGAAGGAGGAUGGCGAAAGGCGAUGAAGGUUAUUAGGACGGAUUUAAAAUGACACAAAUAAAAAAUUUGGUCUACGAAUGCGCUGAAUAUGGGUAGCUUCUUCAAAGAAGACUGUGUCCCAGUGUCACUCAAUAACCGAAAAAACGAUCUCACCUCAAUCAGACAGACAUGUAUUUCUCUCUGAGUUUUCGUUUUCUUUGACAGAGUUUUCGUUCUUUAAAGCAGAGCCUUCGCUCGUAAUAGCAGAAUCUUCGCUUGUUAUGACCAAACCUUCUGCAUUUAUGGCAGAUCCUUCCUCUUUAUCUCUUACUCUCAACAUGUUUAACGGAUUACGUCCGAUAAGUUCAAAAGAAAGUCCAAAAAUAAGACCGAUGUAAGCAACGAAGACCAGGAACUGUACAAACGGCGUCACGUCCAUGUUGAGGAUGGGUAAAAUCAUGUUUUGUAUCUUUGCAGGAGAUUUUUAGGAUUUUUUUUGACCACAAGCUUUAAAAUUUAUGCAGAGACGGGUUUUUCUAAAACUUGGCAGCCGUUAUGAUGCACAUUUCAAAUUGAACGCGAACCGGGGGAGGGUGCAUUCAUUUUAAUUUUAUAGAGAGGCAGGGGUGGGGUUUCCUACCCUGACUUUCAAAUACUUCUUCCUAAUUGACGAAGAACUAUUGAGCAACUCGAUAUAUAUAUUUCGCAUAUGUGUACUUUCCUUGUAGUAUGGGGUACUUUUCAUCUAAAUUCAGUAAAUCAACACAACACUUAAACGUCUUGCAGUAGCAUGAAGAGGGGAAAUUAAAAGUAUUUUCUAUACAUUUCAGUUUUUCUUUUGCAACAUUUGUAAUCUUCAAUUUAAAGCGUCAGUUGCAGCUUUCCUUAUUGUUUUCUUUACCGUAGCCCUUCAAACCCCUUUCUCUACAUACUAUUAGCCUGAAAGUGUCAAACUCCUUGGAGGUGCAACCCUGUCUAUAGUUUAUCGUAGGUACUCCCCCCUUCUCUUAAGGAGAGGCAUAGAAAGCAAUAUUUGGUAACCUGGUAUAGAAGUGUUAUUAGAAUGCCUUCUCCGUUGAGAGAUAUUCGUUUGCUUUAAACAGUAAUUUUGAAGAAAGCUCAUGGGUUCGAAUACGAGAUUCAUUACCUACAGUGGCUUGGUUAAAAUUGCCAGAGAAGAAAUGAUAUUUGAGUUUGCCAUGAUGUCUUCAACAGGUACCAGUAGCUAGAUUCUUAAAUAUUAAUUCACUGAAAUGCAAAUUUUUAGUUCCCUCUUCUGAAUCAUUAAAGCAGGCAACGCUUAAAUCGUAACUUUUGUGUGUUUUACCGUUCACACCGUGGUUUACCUUUUUUUAAAAUAAAAAGACCACUAUUUCGAUGAGAAUUUGCAAAAUUGUGUAAUUCCAGUGACAUGUCGCUUCACCAUAGACACUGUUUGCAUUAUUGUUAUUAUCAUCUUCGUUACAAUCAAUAUUUGCAUUAUCAUUUGCUAGUUAGACGAUGAAAGAAAUGGCCAGCCAUAUUAUUGCGAUUGUUUUGUCUUGUUGAAUGCACUCAGUUAAGCUUUGUCAGGAUUAAAACCAAUUUGCAACGUAAAAAAGAAUAAAAAUUGAGGAAAUAUGUUAUAAUAACUGUCUCCGCGAAAGCACCCCAUUCUUCUUUGUCUUUCGAUUUUAGUAUCUCCAAGUGCGCUUAAUUUUGUUAUUUAUUUAUUCGUUUGUUCAUUCAUUUUUCUUUUUCUUUUUUUUUUUGCGGAUGUCUUGUCUCUCGCGCAACGUAAUGCUAUAGAAAACCAUUAUGCUGACGUAAGCCAGUCUGGAUAAAGCCGCUCGGUUCUGCACUCGCGCAGCUUUGUCGACGCUUUUUAAAAAAACGUGAAAUUUUAACGAGGAGGCUUUAGCAGACCGCUGCAUGUUUUCCCUUUUAAUUCCACUGGCUGGGAGGUUAUGGCGCAUGGAUAGCUAAGAUCAAAUCACAACAGGAAUUAUGUUAUUAAGCAGAGCUACCUUAAUGUCGAAUUAAAAUAAAAGGCACCAAAAUAAAAUACACCAUUGGCAGCCGACUAACAUGCUACAUUGCCGGGACGCGUUGCAAUUCGAUACACGAUUCGUGCGAUAUAGUUCGUUCGAUCUUAUUUUAACGUGAAAUUCUCCGCGGCAAGUGAUGAUAAAAAUUUCACUUUAUGGUUAGAUGUUGACAGUUCUGAUGCCUAUCAGCCAUCAGUCUUAACACGUUUUGACAAAGACGGCCGACAUCUAUCGAAACCUCCAGCAUCUGAGUAUGCCGAAAAGACUACAGGCUGCAGGGAAAGAGGUUAUGUAAAAUAGUUUGAGCUUAUCCCAGCCUGAUUACAUUCUUCAAGACAUUAGCUAUAUAUGUAUAGCUCUGUAGCUCAAACUGAUAGAGAUUUGUUGCCGUUCCAUGAUUCUUUAAAUUAAGGACCAAUAUCAUGCCUUUCUUCAAUGGUGAAACAAAAAUGACUGCAGCAGCUGUGCAGGCGGAAAGAUCCCUGAUGUUUACUUGGGGAUGCACCGGGCUCAUAGUACAUUGUGAAUAAAAAUUUACUGCGAAUUACAGGGGCAAUAACUCGUGUGUAACUAAACAUCGAUGUAAAGGCCUCGAGAUAAACCCUUUCACUCUAAAGAUCUUAUUAGUAAUUCUCCUUUCUGUCUAUCAUACAAUUUUUUAUGAUGGUAAUUUGGAGAAAUUGGUAUUGGGUCAACUGAUAAUCCACUUAAAUUAUAUUUUCCCGAUUCUCAUUAGUUGUUUGUUUAAUAUUGUAUUGAAAUCGUAAGGAGAAAAUGUGUCGUGGUCAGUCAUGGGAGUUAAAGGUUUAAAGAGUCCUCUCACACUGCUUUUGCGGACUGUAACCUUCUUCAAACGGAUACGGGCCACUUAAAAUAUCAGGGCUCAAACAACAAAUAGAGCGAAUCGUACAUAUUCACCAUAUGGACCAAAAAUUGCAGCCUUUAUUGAAUUCAAAUCAGCAAUUUAUAGAUUUUCACAGAAUACAAUAUUGAUGAUAGCUGCUCGAUUUAAGUGCUGCCUUCGACACAGUUGAUCACGACACCAUAAAAAGCCCUCUCCUGGUUUACAUCUACAUCUCAAUUUCGUCAUUUGAUCCCGUGCCAAUUGCGAGAAAUCUUGGUUCUGGUUUGAUUCAAGGCUCUCCAUGCUGACAACGAAGACUGAAGGUUUUUUCAGUGAAAAUCAUUUCGAAUUCGCAGCCCACAAUCGGAGCGUCGACCCUCAUUUUAAAGCCCGCUGGUGAAAUAUCGAUUCGCCAGUAAGGGUAAAAAUAUGGGUUUUCUUUGAGCUUAGGUCGGCUUUCUCCCAGCUUCUAUAUAAAAAAUGAAAAAACAAUAUGAAACUUGGUGCGCCAUAAUCUACAUUUUUCCACUUGAAUUCGACAAAUGUACCCAGAGAAUUAAUCUUGUCCUAGUCAACUAAUCGGUUUAACUCAACAAAAUCAUAUUUAGGAAAAAAAGGAGGAUGGCGAAAGGCGAUGAAGGUUAUUAGGAUGGAUUUAAAAUGACGCAAAUAAAAUAUUUGGUCUACGAAUGCGCUGAAUACGGGUAGGUACUUCAAAGAUGACUGUGUCUCAAUGUCACUCAAUAACCGAAAAAACGAUUCACUCGUUCUUUAUAGCAGAGCCUUCGCUCGUAAUAGCAGAAUCUUCGCUUGUUAUGACCGAACCUUCUGCAUUCAUCGCAGAUCCUUCCUCUUUAUCUCUUAUUCUCAACAUGUUUAAUGGAUUACGUCCGAUGAGUUCAACAGAAAGUCCAAAAAUAAGACCAAUGUAUGCAACGAAGACCAGGAACUGUAUAAACGGCGUCACGUCCAUGUUGAGGAUGGGUAAAAUCAUGUUUUGUACCUUUGCAGGAGAUUUUUAGGAUUUGUUUUGACCAUUUGAAUUUAUGCAGAAACGGGUUUUUCUAAAACUUGGCAGCCGUUAUGAUGCACAUUUUAAAUUGAACGGGAACCGGGGAAGGGUGCGUUCAUUUUAAUUUUAUAGAGAGGCAAGGGUGGGGUUACCUACCCUGAGUUUGAAAUACUUUUUCCUAGUUGACGAAGAACUAUUGAGCAGCUCGAUAUAUAUAUUUCGUAUAUGUGUACUUUCCUUAUAGUAUGGGGUACUUUUCAUCUAAAUUCAGUAAAUCAAAACAACACUCAAACGUCUUACAGUAGCAAGAAGAAAGGAAAUUAAAAGUGUUUUCUAUAAAAUUCAUUUUUCUUUUCCAACAUUUGUAUUGUUCAAUUUAAAGCAUCAGUUGCAACUUUCCUUAUUGUUUUCCUUACCGCAGCCCUUGAAACCAUUUUCUCUAUAUACCUUUAGCGUGAAAGUGUCAAGCUUUCUAGAGGUGCAACCCUGUCUAUAGUCUAUUGUAUGUACUGCCCCCUUCUCUUAUCCGUUAGUGUGAAAUUUAACGUGAAAUUCUCCGCGGCAGGUGAUGAUAUAAAUUUCGCUUUAUGGUUAGAUGUUGACAGUUCUGAUGCCUGUCAGCCAUCAGUCUUAACACGUUUUGACAAAGACGGCCGACAUCUAUCGAAACCGCUAACAUUUGAGUAUGCUAAAACGACUAUCGGCCGAAAGGAAAGAGGUUAUGUAAAACAGUUUGAGCUUAUUCCAGCCUGAUAAUAUUCUUCAAGAUUUCAGCUAUACAUGUAUAGCUCUGUACAUCAAACUGAUAGGGAUUUGUUGCUGUUCCAGGUUCUUAAAUUUAAAGAACAAUAUCGUGCCUUUCUUCUGUGGUGAAACAAAAAUGACUGCAGCAGCUGUGCAAGCAGAAAGAUCCCUGAUGUUUACUUGGGGAUGCACUGAGCUUAUAGUAAAUUGUGAAUGAAAAUUUAUUGCGAAUUACAGGGGCAGUAACUCGAUGUUUAACUAAAGAUCAAUAUAACGGCCUCGAGAUAAAACCUUUGAUUCUAAAGAUCUCAUUAGUAAUCCUCCUUACUGCCUAUCAUACAACUUUUUAUGAUGGCAAUUUGGGAAAUUGGUAUUGGAUCAACUGAUAAUCCACUCAAGGUAUAUUUUCCUUAUUCUCAUCAGUUGUUUGUUUGAUGUUGUAUUGAAAUCGUAAGGAGAAAAUAUGUCUUGGUCAGUCAUGGGAGUUAAAGGGUUAAAGAGUCUUCACACUACCCUGGCGGGCCACUUAAAAUGUUAGGGCUCAACAACAAAUAGAGCGAAUCGUACAUAUUCACCAUAUGGACCACAGCCUUUAUUGAAUUCAAACAAUUUAUAGAUUUUCAUAGAAUAUAACAUUCAUGAUAGCGGCUAAAGCAUCUACAUCUCAAUUUCGUUAUUUAGGAAUGAAAUUAUGCUUUAACUUCAAGUUAGCUGUGUAGUCUUCACUGCAGUGAACCUAUUUCUUUUGUUCCAUUCCACAUCUCAGCUCGCGGGCUUGUAAGCAAAUUUCUCUCCGGUGCUGUUGCUCACGUUUUGCCUAAAAAGAUUCAAUAAAAAUAAUCUUAAAAUUUCUCUUCAAAUUUAUUCGAAAAAAAGAAAUAAAAAAACAAGACCGUUAAGCUCUGACGAAUAGUUGGAGUAAAAUGCAUGAAAAGAACCGAAUGACUUCUUCUUCCAAUUCAACUAUUUGGAUACUGACUUAACCAGACAAACCGAAGAGACGAUGGAUUAAAAACCUGUACUUACCUCCUCCAAGCGUCUACGGAUGUUCAUCUUCAUCAUUUCUAAAUUUCCAGCCCCUCCUUCAUCUCCAACCUUUUUCGUACGCUUUUCCCAAAAGAAUUUAAAACGGUUUUUAGUGCGGAAAAAUUACUGAGUUGAACAACCAGGAUCAUUCAGCAAUGACAUGAAUGAAAUGAUAAAGAAAAAACAUUAUUGAAAGAUUCCAGCUCAUUUUGACAUGACUAAAUACAUAGAUGAGGUAUUUCUACGCUCACUAAUAAGUGUUCCUUACUGGAAAUUCUCUUUUUGAAAGGAAAAAAAAAUUGCAAUUCCUAAUCGAACCACCCAGAAAAUUCAACUCAAAUUAAACAUUAACACCAUCUAAAACAUUUUAGAUGGACUGAAAACGAAAGAGAUUUCUACUUAUUCAUGUACUUUUUCUACCUUGCGACGAAGGGGAAAAUUGGGUAUCAUGCCCUCAACUAACAUCGAAGAAAGGAACAGAGCAAAAACACAAAGUGCUGUAGUCUUCAUCUCGCUGACACAAGCUUCAGUGAAUGAAAAGUUCUGGUAUAUAUUAAUUAUAAUUAUAUAAUUAUUAUAUAUAUUAAUUAUAAUUAUAUAAUUAUUAUAUAUAUAUUAAUUAUAAUUAUAUAAUUAUUAUAUAUAUAUUAAUUAUAAUUAUAUAAUUAUUAUAUAUAUUAAUUAUAAUUAUAUAAUUAUUAAUCGCCGGCGAUCCAAGAUGUGUGCAGCUGUAUAGAAACGCUUUACUUGCUCAGCUCGGAGAAAAUUAAACACUUUCUCAGUCGGCAUUCUUCACAAAAAUGCGUAAGUCAAAAUGUGCCAUAGACAUUUUGAUAAUGGGAUUUUAAUCAUGUUUUCCAGUUCGCCUUAUUGCCAGAUGUCGGUUCAGUCAUCCAAAAUGCGCAAAAUAUUUACUUCGCUGUUUAAACCGAGUAACCUUAGAUAGAUAUUUUGCGAAGGCAAAAGAAAGUUUAUGAGGUGAAUCCAACUAUGAGUAACAUGACGAACGAGUAAGGUCUUUGACUAAACGGCAGUUGAGGUCAUCUCGGCUGGCUGGAUCACGCUAUUCUCUUGCUUUACUGCAUCUUCCUGUGAGAUUUCAGAAGACUAUGGAGGAGGCCAUCCUAACAAAGCUGCUGACGGAUUUUUCUGAGUUCAAAUAAAUCGCACGAUUUAAUGUACAAACUCAUGUGCCUCUAAUGUAAUAUUUUGUUCCUUCCCGAAAGAUAUAUGACACCGUGAAGGGUUUUCGCGUCUGACUUAUAUACUUCCGUAUAUUUCAAGUUGUCAUAGGCUAUUGUCAAAGAACAUUGUUGCUGACUUUCUAUGAGGGUAUUUUCAAGAUGUCGCGAUCAGAAAUGAUUUUUCGUCUCUUUCUUGAUCAAAGUGAAUUUCAUAGCCGGGAAGGAUUGCGGAACAUUUUGGGUUCGUUUACGCGCUUGUAGUGACAGAAUUACUGAAGAUUAGCGGCAAGGCUGUAGAAAACCUCCCUCGAAACACAACUGUCGGGCCUUUUUCAAAGUUAAGGCUACUUUUGUUUAAAAGGGUGUAGAAAUAAAAAUCCGCCGCUGUCAUUAAGUCUAGCAACUUCCUUAUAUAUUACUGCGACUAUUAUAACUUUGAGAAGAAUUCUUUUUAUUAUUUUUUUUUUCAUAUAGCUUUUGAGCCCUCUGGAAAUGUAUACAUAGAUAAAGGUUAUUUUCUAGGCGCCAGCGCAGAAGUGCGAGUUUCUCAUGCUGUUAAGCUGUCAAUCCACCCACGAUGAUUCCCUAACUUUUUUCCUCCGCGAAAAUUUAUCUACAUAUCAACUCUGAAUGCUGUCAGUUAUAGAAUAGUGUGACUAGAUCGUAAAAGUCAUGAUUUGCACUGAUGGAAUGAAUAAUUAAUUUGGCAUUAAACAUCUUGUAUUUCUUUCUUCUCUGUUCUAAUUUUGAUUUUAUCAUUUUGUUACUCAAAUCGACCGCUUUGCACAAUAACGAUUUCUGCUAGUAGCUAAAUAUUUUUCCACCCAUUUCUUCAGCUAUACGAUUUUUAUUUAACCAGGUGCAGUUCGCAUCAGCAUCUUUUAGUGAAGUUCUUCCGCACACGCAAAUGAAACACCUUAACUUUAGAAACUUCGGAAAAAAUUUUCGCUGGAAACUAGCCUUCAAAACGCAGUCAUUUCAAACUGUUCUGUAUCACGGCCGAAUUUAAUUGGUUGGAGCUUGAGUUACCGCUCAGUAUUUACCUGGGACUUUUCAAAGAAACUUAUUCAAAGUAAUUUUUAAGAUUCUAUGACGCACAAAAAAAUUUUCACAAAAGAUUGUGAAUAUUACUCGACCUCGUGUACUCGACCAGUUUUCCUGAAUCGAUUGAGAUAAUAUAUAUUGGACUUCGUUCAGUAGCCCUUUAAUGUAAUUGCGUUAGUCAGCCUGACUCAUUCACUGUUUCCACCACGGGCACGCGGGUCGUAUCAGGUAAGUUUCUGAUUUUCAUUGUAAGGUGACGCUAUUUAUUGAGCAGCGAGCCUUUCACAAGUGAGAGGUUUUUCGCUCAUUUACAGAUGAAGUCGUAUUGAAGCAAAUCUGUAAGUGAAGCAUAUCACAAAGCGAAAGGAAUUGUCAAGCCAGUUAAUCAUGAAUCUGCCGGUUAAUCACAGAAUUUACAUAAAAAUUAUUUUCAUUUAUUUCCUCUGGGUCAUCCGUAAAACUUUUAACAACAUCUGUGUCUGGUUAUGUAAACUGUUUAUUUUUUCCCCAAAACAUGACCUUUGAAACGCGUUUUUAACAGUUUCUAUUGUGUUAUUGCUCGUCUCUUAUCUUUUUAAGAGAAUGUCCUUACUGAGCUGUUUUAGCACCAUAGUCUUAUAACAGUUUUAGUUUUUCUCCGUUCUUCAUUCACGGUGCAGCUUUCGGCAGAUUGCCUAAAACACAGAUACAAAAGGACCAAACAGAAAAUAAACAACCAAUAAAAAAGGAACGAGGAUUGUUAGGAAAAUCAUUCAGUCGUGGAAGUCAUUAAGAUAAGAAAUAGAUGCAGUAUUAAUUGUGUGAAAUACCCAACAUACCAAGCUUUCAGUCGCAAAACAUGAACAAACGAACAGAAUUUAAGACAAGUUUCAGACUUUAAAAAGCUUUAAAAUCCACAGUUUAUGAAUCAGUGAUUAAGUUAGUACGGUCCUGAUCAGAUUAUCACUUUUGACAUAUAAAAAUAUUUAGCUGACUAGUCAUACGAAUUGGCUCUCGCAUGAUGAUGAUUAGUACUGUAUACCUAUCAUACUGAAUUUAAACUGUGAAAAAGAUAAUCUGAGGUUAUGUCGCUUCCAAUAUUUAAGCAUGAUAUAGCGAUAAAUAUCCCAUACUUCAUUUUCGAUUAGGCAUAGGAUCCCGACUUUGGGAUUUUUUCGGUAUUUUUCGGUGUAUUCGUACUGUGUGUAAUCAAUCCUCUCUUGAUCAACCUGUGGCGGAUUUCUCUCUUAACUUUUUCUUCUUUUUUUUAUUCUCCUGGCCGAAGCUCUUCAGAAACGUGAGUAAUCAUUUUUUGUAAACGAGAAUGAUGUCUUAUUGCUUCUUAUCUUUCGUUAGGAUUAGAAGGAAACCUAUACUUCUGUGAUAGAAAUGUAAACUAAUUGCUAAUCUAUGAAAGGAAACAAUCGUCCAACAAAUUCAUCAGCUCUCUUCAAGAUUGAUCGUGACGGCUAUUUCGUGCUCAAAGAGGCUGCUUCUUUUGAUAUCUUAUCCUAUAUGGAUUCUAUUUCAGUUUCCUGUUUCUUUUCCUCUCUUUACCUCAAUUUUACUUCACUCUCCGCAAUAACUAGCUUAACUGGUCAAUAUCGGUAUAUAUCUGCUUUUGUGAUCAGUAUAUACGACGACAUGGUUUUUGGAAAUUACCAUUUUUAAUAAAUAGAGUUAUAUUUAAUUUUGCUUUUUUUGUUCCUUCACUGUGGAAUACUUUAGUUCCAAAAGCUUCUCAGCCCUUUUACUCCUUCAAAUAAAGCGAAAAAAGAAAGACAAUUUGACCACUUUCUUUGAUCGCUGCAAUUACGUUGGCGCUUUGGUGAAAGAAAUACAAAGCUAUAGAAAACAUCAGAAUUUGGCAAUUGGAACUGGAUGUACGAAAACUGACAUUUUGAUGAUAGGAAAGUAUAACUAAACUAAACCAUAUGUCAAAUUGUCAAAUAGACAAUGAUUUCUUUAGAGAUACUCUUUUUUCGGUAAGUCAAUGUGAAAAUAGGCGCAAUAAAUUUUAAAAAACCUGAAUGAAAUGAUACUUAAGCUCCUUAGCCCCUAAGAAAAAGAGCUUUUAGCGACGAUCCGCGGCUAUUGCAGGUGUCUUAUAUAGGAAAUAAAUUGACGGAAAAAUUAAAGGCGAUGAUAAAAAUAUGCAUUUAGUAUUAAUGUGUAAAACAUAAAGGGAAGCUUUACUUUAUGAAUAAAGAUAACUUCGUUGAAUUUUACUUAUCAGAAUUGUUUUGACGAUCAUAGGUUUAUCAAAAAUAUCGCUGAAGAAAAGGAGGAGAACAAAGAGAAUGCACUCUAUGAUGAAAUUUGACACUUAAAAUCAAAAUAAUGUAACUGCUUUGUUCUGUUUUUUUUUUCUUCUGUAUGCCUCCCAGUUAUUAGAAAAUUUUAUAAGAAACUCUGAAAAGCUAGAUCUGUUGAUUUUGUUUCACCAAAACUCAGGAUGUUCGCACCGCCACGCUGAGGGUAAUUAACUAAGAGAUUGAAAAUUAUACCAUUACAUACACCCUUGCUGUUUAUCACGUAAUCAUUGAAUAAAGAUAAAGAAGAAAAAAAUAUGAUUACAACUUCCAGAACUGCUGAUGUUUACGCUGUGCGUUAAUAGUACAUAUACAGCCUCAGUCACUGAUUAUCGUUUAGGCGAUGAGAAUAUUUUGGGUUAUUGAAAGCUUAAGAAUUGAAUUGAAUAUGCAACCUGUCCGAAAUGCAUACAUUUAAUUUUGCUUCCUAACAAAAAUACUUCAAAAUUUAAUAACUUGAAAGCGAAAAGCAUCAUGUCGUUGAGUGUACCGUCGUAGACGCUGUUUUUUCCUCUUUCUGUAUGUGUAUAUGUUAAUUUGAGGUAAGCGAUAGAUGUUUCCUACUGAGAGAAAAUGGAAAUUGUUUUUUCUUGCAGGGCUGACGGAUAUAGAUAAACUCUAAUAACGUUUGACUAGCCGAUGUGCUUCACUGUCCAAACCAAGCGGCUGGCGAGACAAAAUCUCAGCAUUUAUCCCACUGACUUCUGUUUCACCUGUCUUGAGGUGGAAGCUGUAUUCAAGUUAUCUUCUGUUGGUGGUCUCCCUUACUUAAUGCUGCAACAUGGUAAUUCGUAUUUGAGUCACAAAGUCAGACAAGCUGUCGAAUUGUAACCAGACACACAUGCAGGAAAUUAUUUGAGUGGUUUUGAUCUUUCAUAGUUGUUGACAAGGAUACUGCUCCAAAGAGCUCGAGGUGCAUCACUUGGUUGGAUCAAAACGGAAUACUCCAUCGAGGGCCCGAGAAGUUCCAGUUUGCUGGAGGCGUGAGUGCAUAAAAGACAACAGAAAGCACCUUUACAAAUCGGUGUCAAAUCGAAGUUUAACAAAUAUACUAUUUGCGCAUACACUGAUUUUAGCGCGCCUGCGGGAACAAAUCAGAGAGUUUAAAUGGCUUUAGCAUCGGCGUCAAGUAUGUGUUCAAACAUUGGUCAUCCAAAAGCUCUCUCAUACUUUACAGCCUCCUUUUCAGUUUUCCUAAUAAUUUUGAUUAUUCCUGGAAACUUUCUAGUCUGUUUGGCCAUCAUAAAAGAUCCCUUCAGAAACUUGAAAACACCUUUUAACUAUUUCCUGUUAAGUCUAGCGGCCACUGAUCUGAUUGUGGGAACGAUUCUGGAUCCCGUGUCAGUUGCUUUUCACACCAGCGAAGCGCUUCAACUUGACAGCGUAGAUAUCAAAAUCUUUCACACUUUAUACUUUAUCUUGUGCACGUCGUCUAUUCUAACACUCAUGGCACUUACCGUAGACAGAUAUGUGGCCGUAUCGUCGCCAGUGAAGUACAGAACAAUGGUUACCUCCAAGCGCGCUAUUUUAACAUCCCUGUCAAUUUGGGUGGCGGCACUAGGGUUUUCUUUCGUUUACUUCCAACUCGGAUUUAUAUUCUACUCCUUCAUAUUUGCAAACACUGCUGUUCUCAGCACGUUUGGGGUUAUCAUCUUUGUUCAUGUAGGAAUACUUAAACGACUGCGACAAAGAUCGAGAUAUUGGCGAAAGAGGAGAGCAAUGGAGAGCACGAAGUCUGAUGUACAGGAGAACCAAAGAAAUCUUAUCAAUGCAAAGAAGGACAGCAAAGCAGUCAAAGCAUUGAUGAUUGUGCUUCUUGCAUCUUUUGCUACAUUCACACCAGCCUGUGUUAUGAUUUACUUGUUAAAUUUUUGCUCAGGCUGUAGUUGUGUGCUGAUUCAUUGGUUGCGGGAUUUGCAAUUCUUAAUUGUGUUGUGCAACUCUGGUAUCAACCCUUAUUUAUACGCAUGGAGGCUUCCUCAGUUCAAAAGAGCUUUCUACAAAUUCCUUCAUCUCAAGGUACGCACAAGGAUAAGUGACAUUACCACGACAACA